AAAUACCUACCGAAUCAAGUACCAAGCUAAGUGCUAAGGGGGUAGGUUGCACAAGAAGUAUUACUCCUCACAUAAAUCCUGCAGCAACUAAACAUAGUGGGACCUUUGGUCUAAACUCCCUACCUACAUAGUCCCUACUAGGUACCUAACCUAGGCAGGUACCUGACUUACUGUACUAACAUCAAUAUAUCCUUUAUUGAUUAGGUAUUCUGACAGUCGUGGUUGUUUGCAGCCCAUCGCAAUAUGACCUCGUCACUGAGCUACCACCCACUUCACACUGAUACUGGGAAGGAGGAUGACGAUGGCUCUGAGGUCGGAGAACUCAGACAUGGUCCCUUGACUAGCAUUCGAACGUCUUGGAAACUACAAGUGGCGAUACUCGCGCUUAUUCUAUCGAAUAUCACUUUCGCGAGUCUCUGGCUUAAGUCCUGGGUGGAUGGGGCUCCCCCAUUAGCUUCUGAUUGCAGGAGGCCCCGACUGACGUACUCGCCGGCUGAUAGCGCAAUUCGCUAUGAGAAAAAGCGGCUGUGGCGAGAUAUUGACGGCCCCAACCCCUUUACCGGGAAGCCUCGGCCAGAGUUCGACCAAGCAUGGAGAGACAUCAUAGCUCCAAUCACGAUUAAAGUGUCCGGUGAGGAGCUUGUGCGCUUCAGUGAGGGCGAUAGCACGAUAGCCUUCAAAGAUGGUUCUGGAUACAUUGCUGAGAUGGGCAUGUACCACGAACUACACUGCGUGGUUUGCGAGAAACGUGUGAGGCGCUAUCUACAUCUAGACCACUACUACCCCAACAUGACGGAAGAAGACCGAGUGAGAGAAGACACACACAUUGAUCAUUGCCUUGAAUAUUGGAGACAGUCCGUGAUGUGUCGAGGAGACACUACUCUGGGAACCUUCUUCUGGAGAGACGGAGUGCCGACAUCGAGGGUGUACACAGACAAUGAAUGUGUCGAUUGGUAUGCGCUGGAUCAUUGGGCAAGGCAAAGGAAGGUUGACGCGGCGGAUUAUUCUCAGUUUGCAGAAGAUGAAUGAGAUCGCACAAAGCUGCAUGUACCUGGUCAAGUUUGAGGUAGACAUCUCGCAGGUGAUGAAUUAUUCAAGUCCAACGUCAAUUUAAGGCUCAAGUUUCUAAAAGAACUACGUAACAAUUCCCGUAUCAGACGAGUUGGCAUACAGCUCUGCCCAGGCAACAACUUGUUCAUAAUCCCGACAUUGCUUCGGCUGGCCCCAUCCAUUCGUGAGGUGUGUCUCGCGGUCCAACACUUCCAGGUUCGUAUCCGCCGCGCACAUAAGAGCCUGUCUGAUGUAGUCAAAGCAAUGUCGUAUAUGGAACGGAGCGAUCCGCGUAGAGGUCUCGUUGUCGAAGUCGGGUAUGUCGGUUGAGUUCACCAUGGAGGAGCUUUCGAGGGCGUCGUAGUAUGCGACGACGAUGGCAUGCUAAGUAAUAUUGUUCAGCGAUGAAAUAAGUGUACGUGAGAUAA